CGACCACAAGAUUGCUGAUAUUAGCAGGUUUGUCAACCCUAAGAAAGCUGAUGGAGAACGUAAGACACAGGAAACAAAGUUCAAUCCAGGCUCUUGAUGACCUGUCUGUUACAAGCAAGAAACCUAAAUCCAUGAACUUACAGAAAGAGGUGGGUCUAAUCAGUGGAAUAUGUGUCAUCGUCGGAACUGUGAUCGGAUCUGGCAUUUUUAUUUCUCCAAAGUCUGUUCUGAUUAAUGUUGGAGCGAUUGGACCUUGCUUGAUUAUCUGGGCGGCCUGUGGAGUGUUGGCCACCUUAGGGGCCCUUUGCUUUGCUGAACUCGGCACAACGAUAACCAAAUCGGGAGCAGAAUAUCCUUACCUGUUGGAAGCCUUUGGGUCCAUUCCUGCCUUCUUGUUUUCCUGGUCUAGUCUCAUGGUCAUCAAGCCCAGCGCCUUCGCCAUUAUCUGCCUCACUUUCGCCGAGUAUGUGUCGGCUCCAUUUUACCCAGGAUGUGAGCCUCCCGUGGCGGUCAUUAAGUGCCUGGCUACAGCAGCCAUUGUGGCCAUUACAGUCUUGAAUUCACUGAGUGUGAAAUGGACAAGCUAUGUUCAGAACAUUUUAACUGCUACUAAAAUGGUGAUUGUCAUAAUUAUCAUUGUAAGUGGCAUCGUUCUCCUGGCCAAAGGUAUGUUGUUGUACAUUCAGUAGACGUUUCCUUCUAAAUUUGCAUACCUAGGAUUGCAGUUUGGACAGAGUAACUAUUGAUAUUUCUUUUCUUCCAGGAAUCAACUUAAUUAUAUCACAGAAGAGCUUAAAAAUCCUUACAGAAAUCUACCACUGUCUAUAAUAAUUGGAAUCCCUCUGGUCGCGGUGUGUUAUGUUUUGAUCAAUGUUUCUUAUUUCACCGUCAUGACAGCCACAGAACUGUUACAGUCUCAAGCGGUGGCAGUGACGUUUGGGGACCGGGUCCUUUACCCCGCUUCUUGGAUUGUUCCUCUCUUUGUGGCAUUUUCAGCCCUCGGGGCAGCUAAUGGGACUUGCUUCACAUCUGGCAGGCUUGCUUAUGUAGCAGGGCGGGAAGGACACAUGUUAAAGAUUCUAUCUUACAUCAGUGUUAAACGUUUAACGCCGGCACCUUCUGUUAUAUUUUAUGGUAUAAUAGCAUUUUUUUACGUCAUCCCAGGAGACAUCAACACCCUCAUUAACUACUUCAGUUUUGCAGUCUGGCUCUUCUAUGGCCUCACUGUAUUGGGACUGAUUAUUAUGCGCUUUACAAGAAAAGAACUGAAAAGGCCUAUCAGAAUACCGCUCAUCAUCCCUAUUUUUGUGGUGCUAGUGGCCAUCGUUCUGGUCUUGGCACCUAUUAUAAGUGAACCUGAGUUGGCAUAUUUGUACUGUGUCCUAUUUAUUCUUAGCGGACUUAUCUUUUACUUUCUUUUCAUCCACUAUAAGUUUGGCUGGGCUCAAAAAAUCUCAGAGCCCAUCACCAUGCAUCUUCAGAUGUUGCUGGAAGUUGUUCCACCAGAAGCUAGCGAAUGAAAAAAAGACCCGAUUUUUCCUUCUGAAACCAACCGAAACAAGAUCCUCAAACUAGCUCAAUUUUGCCAAGCAAAAUUUAGCGCCGGUGCUUUACAGAGUAUGUGGGAGACAGCGAAGAUCUUACAAAGAUUUU